UGGAUCACCCCGAAGCUGCCCGGUCCCCGCGAGGCUGGGGGAAGCCGAGGCGCCCGGAGACUCCCACCGAGGGGGGUGGGCUGGUCGGGGGCCAUGUGACCUCCUCUUUGUGGCAAGAAGACUAUUUCACGUUUUCCCUGUAUGGAAGUAAUAUAAAGCAACUUUAAAAAUAGUUUUAAGUGAAAAAUAAAUUGGCUUAAAAGAAAAUAGUUCAUAAAUAGAAGUACUGGUAGUAUUGAGAUACGACAAGAAUUGUAUGGUAUGAGCAGAAUGGUGUUGGAACGCUUGCUCUGCUCUCCUGACCCAAUGGUACCAAUGAUGAGAUGAAGAAACAUGUUAUCAGCGUUGCUUUUACCAGCCCCAAUACCCACAUUUGAAUGCCAGCCAGACUCUUGAAAGAAGAAUGUCCUAUCCAGGCUAUCCCCCCACGGGCUACCCGCCUUUCCCUGGAUACCCUCCGGCGGGUCAGGAGUCAUCGUUUCCCCCUCCUGGGCAGUAUCCUUAUCCUAGUGGCUUUCCUCCCAUGGGAGGAGGUGCCUACCCCGCAGCGCCAGGUAGUGGCUACCCCGGAGCUGGAGGCUACCCUGCUCCCGGUGGCUAUCCAGCCCCCGGGGGCUACCCUGGCGCCCCACAGCCAGGAGGGGCCCCAUCCUAUCCAGGAGUUCCUCCAGGCCAAGGGUUUGGAGCCCCGCCAGGUGGAGCAGGCUUUCCUGGCUAUGCACAGCCUUUUGGAGGCGUCCCAGCACAGGUCCCCCUACCUGGUGGCUAUCCCGGAGGACAGAUGCCUUCUCAGUAUCCUGGAGGACAAGCUCCUUACUCUUCUCAGAUCAAUACAGAAUCCUUUCCUUCCUAUCCUGUUUUCUCUCCUGCUUCUUUGGAUAAUAGCAGUGAACCUGCCGCCAUGACUCAGGGAACUCAAGGAACAAUUCGACCAGCUGCCAACUUCGAUCCUAUGAGAGAUGCAGAAAUUCUUCGUAAAGCAAUGAAGGGCUUUGGGACAGACGAACAGGCAAUUGUGGAUGUCGUGUCCACCCGGUCCAAUGAUCAAAGGCAAAAAAUUAAAGCAGCUUUUAAGACCAUGUAUGGAAAGGAUUUAAUCAAAGAUCUCAAGUCAGAGUUAAGUGGGAAUAUGGAAGAACUGAUCCUUGCCCUGUUCAUGCCAAGCACAUAUUAUGAUGCCUGGAGUUUACGGAAUGCAAUGAAGGGAGCAGGAACUCAGGAACGUGUAUUGAUUGAAAUUUUAUGCACAAGAACUAAUCGGGAAAUCCAAGAAAUUGUCCGAUGUUAUCAGUCGGAAUUUGGGCGAGACCUUGAGAAGGACAUUAGGUCAGAUACAUCAGGGCAUUUUGAACGUUUGCUUGUAUCCAUGUGCCAGGGAAACCGUGAUGAGAACCAGAAUGUGAACCACCAGAUGGCUCAGGAAGAUGCUCAGCGACUCUACCAAGCUGGCGAGGGGAAGCUGGGGACAGACGAAUCUUGCUUUAACAUGAUUCUUGCCACAAGAAGCUUUCCUCAGCUGAGAGCUACCAUGGAGGCUUAUUCCAGGGUGGCUAAUCGAGAUUUGUUAAGCAGUGUUGCCCGCGAGUUUUCCGGAAGUGUGGAAAGCGGUUUGAAGGCCAUCUUGCAGUGCGCCCUGAACCGCCAGGCCUUCUUCGCUGAGAGGCUGCACCGCUCCAUGAAAGGCGCCGGCACGGACGACUCCACCCUGGUCAGGAUCGUGGUCACGCGCAGUGAGAUUGAUCUUGUACAAAUAAAACAGAUGUUCUGCCAGAUGUACCAGAAGACCCUGGGCACCAUGAUUGCCAGUGACACGAGCGGAGAUUACCGAAAGCUGCUGCUCGCCAUCGUGGGCCAGUAGGAGGGAUUUUUUAAAUGAAUGAAGCUGUUCAAAGCUUAUCUUUCAAAGCAGUGCUGACCUGCAUGCAGCGAAGUCAACCAUCAUGUAACCAAACGAACGUUUUAUUGAAGACUGUGUCAGACUUGUGCUUGUUUUGCACAUGCGGUUAUUGCCUUAAUUCCAACGUUAUUUUUCUCUCUAUACAAUCAAUGUAAAGCCAUAAUCAUAAUGUAGAUUUAAUGGACUGUUUGUAAAGUAUACUUUUCUCACUGCACUUAUUCUAAUCAGAAUACCAAAUUGAAUAAAAAUCACAACAAUCUCUAA